UUUGUUUACUCUCCAAAAGGGUCCGGAUGAUUCAAGGAACUAUCAUUUUCCUGCGGCUGCGGAGGCUCUGAGACCCAGGGACAGCCCACACCCUGAGGGACGGCCGGUGUCACAACACGCCCUGUCCUGAAGGAGGGCAGGGACCUUCUUUAUCCUCCCUUCACGGACGUCCUUGGGCUCUGCAGACGGAUGUGAGCGAGUUUUUCACCCCGGGCGCAAAACAACCGUCUACACAUAACAGAUGACAUCAGCCUGGGCUUUUCCAUUCCUGGAUGGCAGCAGCGUGCUGAUCCAGCCUUCACCCUGGACUUCGUGAACUGGAACCAGAGAGCCUGGCAGGGGACGGAGCUGCGGCCGGCAGGAGGGAACUGGUGACCGGCAGACGAGGCCCGGCCGGCCCGAGGGCACCCCGCGUAUAAAGCUCACAAACGCGUAGGCAGAGGCUCCGGCCCCGUUUGGGACGGACGGCGGCUGCCCGGCAGCCCAGACCGCAGGAGGAGCCGCGCCGCUGGAGAGGAAGCAUGCGGGCCAGCCUGCUGCUGCUGCUCACUGCGCUCCUGGUGGCCGCGCCUCUGGUCCCCGCGCCCCAGGCUGCGGCAGCCUGGAGCGCCAAGUACGCGGUGGACUGUCCCGAGCGCUGCGACAGGGACGCGUGCAAAAGCCCCCUGCGCUGCGAGCGGACGGUGCUGGACGACUGCGGCUGCUGCCAGGUGUGCGCGGCGCGGCGCGGGGAGACCUGCUACCGCACCGUGUCCGGCAUGGACGGCGUCAAGUGCGGCCCGGGGCUGAGGUGUCAGUUUUACAGUGAGGAGGAUGAUUUCGGCGACGAGUUUGGCAUCUGCAGAGACUGCCCCUUCGGCACCCACGGCGUGGAGUGCAAGGACACCUGCUCCUGUCGGUGGGGCAUCUGUGACAGGGUGACCGGCGAGUGUCUGAAAUUUUCCUUCUUCCAGUAUGGGGCCACCAAGCCUUCCAACGGAUUCGCACUUCACACAGAGCACGACAUGGCAUCGGGGGACGGCAGUGCGGCAACACCAGGCAAGGGGACGGGGAACGCUGCCCGGACGCCCGCGAUGAGGCGGCUGAGCCCACGCUGACCACGCUGCCCGGGGAGGCUGUCGUAACGACCGUCGGACACACGGCCAACGUUGUAGGCAUUGUUUCGGUUGUAGCGCAUGUGAUGCUGGGAGACCAAGCAGGAUUCAGGGUGGGUCCAGGAAAAAAAGUCGGCUACUAACAAUCCAUAAAAUGCACAGGACUGAACACUUAGAUAUAUAUCUGUUAAACAUUUUGAUGCAUAUAGAUUUGUCAAAUAACUGUUUAUAGUGCUACUGAAGAACAGAAAUGCAAUUUAGGGGAUGCAGGUCAGCCAAAGAGAAGGCUCCCGUUGACGGCCACCGCGGGUCCACGUUCAUGGCCUCCGGCGUGUGACACUGGGUGGAGAGGGAGUUCCGGGCACGAGGAAGUGGGGGUGGGGCAGGGAGUGUGGUAUUUAGGUCUCGUCGCAGCAUCAGGGGAAUUGAAUUGUUGUUUUGUUUUUUACUUCGGGAAAAAUCACAACCUUCCCAGAAGGAAGUGGGGUGUUUGGAGCUGGCAGGAGUCUCAGGAGCAGCCCUGAGCCGAGGCAGGUCUGCAGGGCCCCUCACGGUGACCCAGCGGAAGGGCGAUGGGCAGAGACGGUUCUCAAGAAAGCCGGGUGGGACCAGGAGGGCUGGGCAGUAUUUGCCUACUUGGGGGAGGUGUCAAGGUAAAUAUUUAUGUAUUUUUGCAAACAAUUGUUAGUCCAGCAUCCUCCAUGCCUGUGUUUAUCACCCUCUUGAGAAAAAGAACAUAAUGUUGUUUGUCUAAAAUGGUUAGUGUAGAGGUGCAACUCUGUAAGAUUUUCGAAGAUCCAAGGCGUGGAAAGUUUCUUCUUAAUAAUUAUUGUAAUGUUAGUUGUGGUAAGCAUAAGAGAAACUGAGAACAAUGUAGUUGUUGGGUGUAUAAAAUGUCAGAAAAUAAGCAACAGAGGGAAUUUAUUUUAAAGUAAGUGCAGUGACUUCGAUGAGUUUUUAACUUAAAGUAGAAAAUCGAUUCUAGGGAGGUUUGGGAAAGAGUCCAUUUUCGGCAGGAAAUGUCAGCUUUAAAUGACACUUUUGUACGUUUCCCUUUACAAUUAGUUGGUGACUGGAACGGCCUGCCUGGGAGGGUCUCAGCACAGACGGCACAGCUGCCCUAGAUUUUGUUAGGAAAUGUUUGCAUAGGUAUCUUAUUUGAAAUAAAGACUUAUUUAAGAUCUAC